CGGCACCUGCCUGGGGGAUGCCGCGCCUCGCCGCACCUCUGUUACGAGUGGUUGCGAGUCUGCGGGUCGUGUCAGUGACGACUCUCCCGGUGUGGUGGUGAGGUGCGCGCCGCGUCUCGCAGCUCAGGAUUACAUUUUCGCUGUUUCAUACUGUGGCUGAGUGAGCAGUCCAUGAGUGGUCGAGGUGAGGCGUGGUGAGGGAGGACCCAGCCGCGUUCAUCACCCUUCCACACAGUAUGCCUGCCACCAUGAUGAACCUGUACGAGAACGUGUGUCUGCGGUGCGGGCAAACGGUGUACCAGGUGGACAGGAUCGGCCCCCUCAAGGACUUCACCUUCUUCCACACUGGCUGCUUCAAGUGCUUCGCCUGCAACUCCAAGCUCACCCUCAAGACCUACUGCAACAACCAGGAUUCUCAGGAAGACAAGGAGGUGUACUGCUCGUCCCACGUCCCCAAGCCUGGCCCGGGACACCUGGAUGGCGAGGCGGUGGGCAUCAGGUCGGCUCUCAAUGUACCCCGCUCGGCACAGUUUGUGAAUGACCAAAUUAGACCAGGCGGACGACCUUCCAUCGACGGUGAUGCAAUGGGUAUGAAGUCCCCGAUUUACAGAGGGAACGGAAGCGGCACGGGCUCGGAGAACGGCCACAACUCCUCCUUCGGCGAGUACAAGUAUGGACGCUUCGACAGCUCGGCUCUUCACAUCGCUCACGCCCUCAACGCCACCAAGAUUCAGCGCGUCUACGACAAACCCAUUGACCAAUACCUCGAUGUGAAUGUACAGAAGCAGAUGGAGAUGCUGCACCGCCUGGAGGAGGAUGACCUUUACAAGAAGUUCGCCAAGCAGCGGGCAGCGGAGGAGGCCAGAAUGAACGACCACCUCAAGGAAGAAUGGGAAACGGAACUGGAGAAGCUCACAUCUCAAUUUGAGAGAGACCUGGCUACGAAGCGCAGAUCGCGGGAGGAGUCCAAAGUUCUGACAGUGCGACACCAGCGGGAGCGUGAAGAGCUCGAGAAGAACAUGACCAUCAAGAGGGACAUGAAGAAGGAGAACCUGACCCGCAAGAUGCUGGAACACGAGAGGGCAGCAACGGCGGCGCUUGUGGACAAGCACAGCAAAGAGAUGAUGCGCCUCAUCCAGGAGAAACGGUCCGAGUACAUGGAGGAGGAGGAGGUGCUGGACCACUACCCCGCCCAGCCCCCGCCACCGCUGCCGCCGCCACAGACGAAGACAGAUAUCUACAUGGACCCGGACGAGUUCGCUGAGGUGGACCAGCUGGCCAUACAGGUGGCCCAAGAGGAUCAAAAGACCUUCACAGACUUGGUGAGGAUGCUGGUGGGUCACUGCGCCUCUGAUGUGGAGAAGGUGAGGACAAUAUUCCGUUGGAUCACAGUCAAGAACCUCAACUCCAUCACCUUCGAUGACUCUGCGCAUGGUGACACCCCGAUGGGUCUCCUGCGAGGCAUCAAAUAUGGCACAGAGUCCUACCACGUGCUGUUCAAGAGGCUGUGCAGCUAUGCGGGGCUCCACUGUGUUGUCAUCAAGGGCUACAGCAAGUCUGCUGGGUACCAGCCUGGCGUCAGAUUUGAGGACAACAGAUUCCGAAACUCUUGGAACGCUGUGUAUGUGGCUGGUGCGUGGCGCUUUGUACAGUGCAAUUGGGGAGCGCGACACCUGGUAAAUGCCAAGGAGGUGCCUAAGCCAGGAGGAAAGAGCAAGAGUGACAGUCUGAGGGACUCAGGCCGUGCGGCAAGCAGGAGCAAUAACCUAAGGUAUGAGUACGACGACCACUACUUCCUGACCGACCCCAAGGAGUUCAUCUACGAGUUCUUCCCGCUGCAGUCUGAGUGGCAGCUGCUCAAGGAGCCCAUCAGUCUGCACGAGUUCGAGGAGCUGCCCUUCGUGAGGUCCCUCUUCUUCCGCUACGGCCUCUACUUCCCUGACGAACACACCAAGGCUGUCAUGUACACAGACUCUACAGGAGCCGCCACCAUCAGAAUCGGUAUGCCCACCCACAUGCAGUCCUCACUUAUAUUCCAUUACAACCUCAAACUCUACGACUCUGAUAAGGAUCAGUACGACUCAGUUUCUCUGAAACGAUUCGUUAUGCAGUCUGUGGUGGGCCAGCUGGUAGCCUUCCGGGUGCAUGCGCCGUGUUCAGGGGCUCUCCUCCUCGACAUCUUCGCCAAUGCAGUCACUCCACGGGAAUACCUCACCGGAGAGCCUAUGAAGUUCAAGAGCGUAUGCAAAUUCAAGAUAGUCUGUGAGGACUUGCAGACGGUGAUGGUGCCGCUGCCGGACUGUGCCUCUGGAGAGUGGGGUCCUGCUAAGGCUACCAGACUAUUUGGUCUAGAGCCUGUCACUCACCAUGAUGCUCUGGUGUUUGCCGGCAGAGACUUGGAGCUGCAAUUCCAUAUGACACGGCCACUCACUGACUUCAUGGCAACGCUGCACAAGAACGGGUCUGAAGAAAAACGACUCAGCAAGUAUGUGAGUCACCGUGUGCAUGACGACAUAGUGACGUUCACUCUCAGCUUCCCCGAGGAGGGGCAGUAUGGCAUGGACAUUUACACGCGCGAGGUGGGCGGCGUGGACACCACCGGACCCACGGAGAAACACCUUUUGACACACUGCUGCAAGUACCUCAUCAAUUCCUCCAAGCGAAACUAGUGCCUCUUGUGCCUCACUCCGUCCCUUGCCUCAGUGGCCGGCCAGCGCCUCGCUCAUCAGCCAGCACAGAGUCGCAGCAGGCCAGUGUCCAUCUUGGUGCCUUACCUCCUUCUUAACUGUCUCCAAACUUAUUCUUCGAUUAAUUAAGUACUUAAAAGAUUGUCUUCUAGAUAAUAAGUUUAUAAGAAAGAUAUAUGUUGUAAAUAUCCAUAUGUGCUACUACAGAAACGAUAACAUUAUAUGUAAGAAAGUUAUUUGUUACCAUGUCAUGAAAGCAGAAACAACGCUUCUACGUGUUCCCAGAGAAGAGUCCCGUUUUUAUACAUAUAGCGGCUUUAUAUCUUACUUUCGUUGUGUGGUUUUAACUGACGAAUGUGUGAUGCCUUUGUGAGAUCUUCCCACGGGGGGGCCAGAUCCAGAAUUACCUGUUACACACACACACACACACACACACACACACACACACACACACACAAUCACACACAAGACACACACAAGACACACACACACACACACACACACACACACACACACACACACACACACACUCAAACACACACACACACACACACACACACACACACACACACACACACACACACACACACACACACACACACACACACACCACUGUAGAAGCAUUCCUGAUAGGAGUGCAGGAUCCUGUUACUUAUUUGUGGCAGAGAACAGUGGAGGGAAGCGUCCCCCCCCUGUAACAAUAUGAACACUUCAAUCCCGGCCCCCCGCCCACCGCCACGCCUCCUUCCCAUGUCUGGCUACUGAAGGACCAGGUGGGCUCUCCCUUGGGGAGUCGGUUGGCCGCUGUGCCCAAAAUAGCGACGCGCCUGUCCAGACCAAUACGGGGCUGAUUUUCCGGUGGCCGGUAAUAAAGUCACAAGAAUAAAAGUCACAGAAAAAGAGUCGCAAUUUUGGCUGGGAAAAAAAGUCACAGGAAAAGUCACAAUUUUGUCUAGGAAAGUCAGAUAAUCAAACAAACAUAUGCAAGUCAGUCACAAUUAAUCUAAGUACCAUAAACAUUAAAGUAAUAAAUUAUAAAAUAUUUUAAAUCAGUUACUAACUGGCAAUACAUAACUUAAUACAUAUUUACAGUUGAAACUAUUCAGUGACACGCCAGACUGAAGGAUGGUAGUGACCAACGAGGUUGAAGAAUUUAUUAUUCCGCCCUUCGCAUAUGUUGUUGGUACGGGCAUUGUUGUUCACGGUGGCAUCAUCCACAUCCCAAAGGUGAGGGGCAAACAUAGGUGGAAUGUGGCGCAUUCUCAGAGGUGUCAGGGCGUCACUGGACAUGACAACUGGCUGCUGUGUCAGUCGAAAGGAGCCACUAACGUAAGUACAAUCAAAGUACGUACAUGAGCAACUCCUCGGCUUCAGAUGGAUCUUGAGGAAUGACAAUUUUGAGGUAUACCUCAUACGUUCAUCAACGUCCUCUUGGGGCAAAAAAGCUAGAGCAUCAAUCAUGCCACAAAACAAACGAAACUCAGCAUUGGUAUUAUACUGUGUUCCCAAACCCAGUUCCUGGAUCUUACACCAAGUGGACUGCGUAAGAUGAUAUAAACAACCUUUGCUCUCUACGUCGAGUAUUUUGUAUUUCCUUUUAUUUUAUUUUCCUUUUAUUUUCGUAUUUUUCCUAAAGAAAGACGCAGAAACAGUCCUAACAUUGCCCUGUUUCAUUUUUUUUUUUCUGUGACACUUUUUCCGUGUCUAUUUUACUUGUGACUUUUUUACCUGGAUUCGAUUUUCCAUGUCCUGGUCCAGACCAAGAUAGAUCUUGGUCCAUACGAGAACAAUUUUGUCUUCCAUAGCAUCGGCCGCCGCACGCACUUUAAGGUAAAAUAUCGGAGUUUUCACGAUUUGGUUGUGAUAACGAAGGGGAAACAAAAAUAAUCCAUGAUUAAUAAAUUAUAACUACAUAUUGAGAACCUCCUGACCUAUAAGGGUUGUGACCUUUGGUGUCCGCAUCACCAUUCUUCUGCUUCUAUCAUAAUAUCCAAGUAUUAACUUUUCUGGGUGAAAGUGUUGUCCAGGCCCCGAUCCGCCACGACUCGCCCCUCUCUUGCAUCUUUGAGGCCUACGAUGGGAUUCGCUUUUCUUCCCCCCCCCGUAGUCUUAGUGCUAAUAAUCCUAAAGAGCAUACCCGAUGAAUUUUGGGUUUCUGGUACAGAAAAGAGUUACCAGUGUGAGCCACGUGGUCGAGCGCCGCUGCAUGUUGAUGGCGAAUGAGAACGCCGAUUUGGACGUGUAGCGCACCGGCUUCCAUCCAUCGUGUGUUAGUUGUUACCUAAGUAUUAUCAGUCAGUUGGAUUACGUAGAGAAUGUUCGCCAUAAGGAAAGUUGUAUUACACUCAGACAACGCUUUAUACCAGAGUGGCGGGUCACGGAGGCACAGACAUCCUCCUCACCAAUCCUGUGGGCCGGGACGCCGCACCCAUACACUUGCCAGCUCGCGUCUCUCGUCUUACGAACGCCUGGUGGUGCCCAACCCCCGGCCCUGCAGGUAGCCUUGGUUGCACAUUUCUUCACGCGCCUCAUCCCUCAUGCAUUUCUUCUCGUACAAAUUAAUAUAUGAAAGUGUUAAUAUAUUAAUAUAAUGAAUAUAUCCCCCCGAUUGCCGCCAGAUCGUGGUGAUCACUGUAACAUAUUGCUGAUUUGAUAAUAAAGAUCAUGCACUUUUC